GUAUAUGCUUAGCUACCGGCCCCGCUUCUUCGGCGCUGGAGCACCUCUGGAAGCCAGGCAUAGGCAUCGGAUUGGUCUACAGCGGGGAAUUGCAGUAGCUGCCGCCGUGCCCGAGAGCGCAGCGUAGAAUUGGCACGGUAUUGAGACUCGGCAUUCGAUCCAGGCGGCUGGCUCUAGUAGUUGGACAGUCCAUCGCCACCUUCCUUGCGAACCACGAACCCACUCUCAUUUGCAACCGUGUUGUAGAAUUUAGGGCUGUCGAGAUGGCUUCAAGCAAUGGGACAUUGCUGCCGCCCAACCCGCAGCCGACGGCCCAAACAUCGACAACUUUCCAACCAUCCGGUGCGGCAGGGAGCGCGUCUGGGAGCAGUUCUGCCCUGCUUCAACCAUCCGCAUCAGCAUCAGCAACCAAGCGAGAUCGACCGUCGCGAGUAUGCUACUUCUUCGACAGCGAUAUUGGGAACUACCACUAUGGUCCUGGUCACCCGAUGAAGCCGACCAGAAUUCGGAUGUGCCACUCGCUGGUCAUGAACUAUGGCCUUUACAAGCACAUGGAAAUCUUUAGAGCAAAGCCAGCCACCAAGCGUGAAAUGUCACAGUUCCACACGGACGAGUACGUCGAAUUCCUGCACCGAGUAACCCCGGAUAAUAUCGAUAAUUUCGUCAAAGAGCAAGCAAAGUUCAACGUCGGCGACGACUGCCCUGUCUUCGAUGGACUGUUUGAAUAUUGCAGCAUCAGCGCUGGCGGCUCCAUGGAAGGUGCUGCUCGACUGUCGCGUGACAAGUGCGAUAUUGCAAUCAACUGGGCCGGUGGGCUACAUCAUGCGAAAAAAGGCGAAGCGAGCGGGUUUUGCUACAUCAAUGACAUUGUCCUCGGCAUCCUCGAGCUGUUGCGAUAUCAUCCGCGUGUGCUGUACAUUGAUAUCGAUGUGCAUCACGGGGACGGCGUAGAAGAGGCAUUCUACACCACGGACAGAGUCAUGACCUGCAGCUUCCACAAGUACGGGGAGUUCUUCCCCGGUACGGGAGAGUUGAGGGAUGUUGGAUACGGAAAAGGCAAAAACUACAGCUGCAACUUUCCAUUACGCGAUGGUAUCACGGAUGAGACAUACAAGAACGUUUUCGAGCCGGUGAUCCAACGGAUCAUGGAGACCUACCAACCAAGUGCCGUUGUAUUGCAGUGCGGCUCCGAUUCAUUAGCAGGUGACAAGAUCGGCUCGUUCAACCUGUCCAUGAGGGGGCAUGCCAACUGCGUCGAAUUUGUCAAGAGUUUUGGACUGCCGCUUCUGCUGCUCGGCGGUGGGGGCUACACCAUUCGCAAUGUCAGUCGCGCUUGGGCGUACGAGACUGGCUUGGCAGCGGGGAAAGAGCUAAGCUCACAGGUCCCGGUCAACGAGUACUACGAGUACUUUGGUCCGGACUACAAGCUAGAUGUGCGGCCGAACAACAUGGAGAAUCUGAACACGCGAGAGUACCUCGAAAAGGUCAAGUCGCAAGUAUUUGAGCAUCUGCGGCACAUCCCGCACGCGCCGAGCGUGCAAGGACACGUGGAACCGCGCCUUCCGCGCGACGGGAUGUUGGACGACGACGAGGAUGAGGACAAGAUGGACGGCGAUGAGCGGAUCAGCAAGCGACAGAGGGAGCGUGAUCGUCGAGUGCAGAGACAGGGCGAGUUGAGCGAUAGCGAAGAUGAGGGCGAGGGUGGGCGCAGAGAUCGGACCAACCACAAGAACGGGCCGGGGAUCAUGGACCCGAUGAAAGGUCGGAACGCACAGCGGAGCGAGCUGCCGCCGAUCGGCACUUUGCCUGACGGCGUCAACGCAUCAUCUUCUUUUGCGUCGGAUCCCGCACCAGCACCCGCGUCAAUGGCCGUGCCUUCCGGUGCACCGCCAAGUGCAACGAUGGCCGAAGCGCCUACGGCGCCGCCUAAACCCGCGCCAGCGCAAGCAGGGGAAAUGCUGACGGGCGAUGUUGAGAUGCAAGAUGCGAGUGGUCGAGCUGCGUCAUGACGAGAAGAGAGUCGCAAUGUAGUAUGUGCAGGCAUACGUUUUUUGUUUAC